AGCCCGUUCUAAAAAAAACGCUCUUCCGAGGAUGUGAAACAGAAUAUUUAGCGUGUGUUAUACAGAGGCUAUGUAAGGCAGUGCAAUGUAUGGUAAGGGGGGAGCUCUGUGUUUUGGAGCUCUGUGCAGGUUAAUUACAGCGCAUGUCACUGUAUGUAAUGGUUUCAGUAGAGUUAGUUAGUAUGUUGUAUUAAAGAGAAUAAAUCUGCGGUGAAAGCUUGCUGUAUGGACAUCCCCCCGUCCUGAGAUAAAGCUGGAGAGAGUUAUUCACAGGAGGAAACACGCGCUGUCAGUCAGAGCCAGGCGACGCCGUCAGUUGCUGAGAGUGAGGCUCAGGCAGCAGCGGGCCUCGGAGCACAGCGCCAUGAUGGAGGGGGGCAUGCAACUGCUGAAUCGCGACGGCCACAGCAUCUCGCACAACUCGAAACGCCACUACCACGACUCCUUCGUGUCCAUGAACAGGAUGCGGCAGCGGGGGCUGCUAUGUGACAUCGUCCUGCACGUGGCCAACAAGGAGAUCAAGGCGCAUAAGGUGGUCCUGGCUUCCUGCAGCCCCUAUUUCCACGCCAUGUUUACAAGUCAGCAGGUGCCGUGUUUUUCCUAUCUCUCCUCCUCUCCACUGCACCUCAAGCUAGAGUGUGAUGAUGAGAUGUCGGAGAGCCGUCAGACGCACGUGACCUUGCACGACAUCGAUCCACAGGCGCUGGAGCAGCUGGUGCAGUAUGCCUACACUGCUGAGAUAGUGGUGGGGGAAGGAAAUGUACAGACCCUGCUGCCAGCAGCCAGUCUCCUGCAGUUAAACGGCGUGCGAGACGCCUGCUGUAAGUUCCUCCUCAGUCAGCUGGACCCCUCCAACUGCCUUGGGAUCCGCGGCUUCGCUGACACUCACUCCUGCAGCGACCUGCUCAAGUCUGCCCACAAGUACGUCCUGCAGCACUUUGUGGAAGUGUCCAAGACUGAAGAGUUCAUGCUGCUGCCCCUCAAACAGGUUCUGGACUUGAUCUCUAGUGAUAAUCUGAACGUUCCAUCAGAGGAGGAAGUGUACAGGGCUGUGCUGAGCUGGGUUAAACAUGAUAUCGACGGACGGAGGCAGCAUGUGCCUCGACUGAUGAAGUGUGUGCGUCUGCCACUGCUGACACGGGACUUCCUAAUGAGUAAUGUGGACACGGAGCUGCUGGUUCGGCACCACUCUGAGUGUAAAGACCUGCUGAUCGAGGCGCUUAAAUACCACCUGAUGCCUGAGCAGAGAGGCGUGCUCAGUAACAGCCGGACCCGGCCCCGCCGCUGUGAGGGAGCCAGCCCUGUACUGUUUGCUGUGGGUGGAGGCAGUCUUUUUGCCAUCCAUGGAGAUUGUGAGGCGUAUGACACUAGGACAGAUCGCUGGCACAUGGUGGCCUCCAUGUCUACACGGCGGGCACGAGUUGGUGUUGCUGCUAUAGGAAACAAGCUGUAUGCUGUGGGAGGGUAUGAUGGUACCUCGGAUUUGGCCACCGUUGAAUCAUAUGACCCCGUGACCAAUGGCUGGCAGCCAGAGGUGUCUAUGGGAACCAGGAGGAGCUGUCUGGGUGUGGCGGUGCUCCACGGCCUGCUGUAUGCUGCUGGAGGAUAUGAUGGUGCUUCUUGUCUCAACAGUGCUGAGAGGUAUGACCCACUAACCAGCACCUGGACAUCAAUUGCUGCCAUGAGCACCAGGAGAAGAUAUGUUCGAGUGGCCACACUAGAUGGCAGUCUGUAUGCAGUUGGUGGAUAUGAUAGCUCCUCACACUUGGCCACGGUAGAGAAGUACGAUCCACAGAGUAAUGCAUGGACUGCUAUAGCCAACAUGCUGAGCCGGAGAAGCAGUGCUGGAGUGGCUGUGCUGGAGGGAAUGCUGUAUGUUGCAGGAGGCAAUGAUGGAACCAGCUGUCUCAACUCAGUGGAGAGGUACAACCCCAAAACCAACACAUGGGAGGGAGUGGCCCCCAUGAACAUCCGCAGGAGCACCCACGACCUGGUCGCUAUGGACGGCUGGCUGUAUGCCGUCGGGGGCAACGACGGAAGCUCCAGCCUCAACUCCAUCGAGAAGUACAACCCUCGCAGCAACAAGUGGGUGGCCGCGUCCUGCAUGUUCACGCGGCGCAGCAGCGUAGGGGUGGCCGUCCUGGAGCUCCUCAACUUCCCGCCACCCUCCUCACCCACCCUCUCCGUCUCCUCCACCAGCCUUUGACAAAGGGUGAAGACCCGGCUGAGCUCCAGCGGCCUCCCCUGCGUGGCCAAAAGACGUAAUUGCUCUGUGUGAGCUCUGGUGGAGGAGAAGCAGCACUCCAUGGGCUGAAGCGCCCCCUCUCUGUCGAAGUAGCGCCACAAGCAUUCUGCAGAAAGAGAGGUAAUUAAAAAAAAAAAAACGACAACAACAACAAAAAAAGAGGGAGAGAUUGAGUAAAAUACGAAAAGAAAUCAGAACACCCACAACACGCUGUUUUGCCCCGCCCUCAUCGCCCUGCACCUUGCACCCCAGCGCUUGAAAUAGUGCAGAAUGCUGUCACUCUGCCACUUUGCAGUCACGUGUAUAUGAUGUAUACUGUAAUGUAUUUUUGUUUGAGGGGAAAAAUCACGAUAUUGCAAUAAUAUAGAAAAGAAUGAAUGGUUAUUUUUCCUUAGGAAUGUAGAUUUCGUUCUGCCAUGCAUGUUUACUGAGAUUUUUGUCUUGGCAGAAGAAGAAAAAACAUA